AUGUGGAACAACAGCCAGAGCUUACUGAAUGAUUUCAUCUUACUGGGCUUCUCUGAACACCCCUGGCUUGAGACACCACUUUUUGUCAUCUUUCUAGUGGCUUACAUCUUUGCCCUAUUUGGAAAUAUUUCCAUUAUCUUAGUUUCCCACCUAGAUCCUCAGCUUGACAGUCCCAUGUACUUUUUUGUCUCAAAUCUAUCCUUUCUGGAUCUCUCUUAUACCACCAGCACUGUCCCACAAAUGCUAGUCAACCUCAGAGGAAAAGAAAAGACCAUUAGCUAUGGUGGUUGCAUUGCUCAACUCUAUAUUGCCUUGGCCUUGGGUUCUACUGAGUGUAUACUUCUAGCCAUUAUGGCCUUUGAUCGUUAUGCUGCUAUUUGCAAGCCCCUUCAUUACCCACUCAUCAUGAACCAGGAACGUUGUAUCCACAUGGCUUCUGGGACCUGGAUUAGUGGUUUUGCUAACUCCCUUGUCCAGUCCACUCUCACAGUGGUGACUCCAAGAUGUGGACGGAGAGUGAUGCCUCAUUUCCUCUGUGAAGUUCCUGCUCUUUUGAAACUAGCCUGUACAGAUACUCGUGUGAAUGAGGCUGAGCUCAAUGUCUUAGGGGCUUUGCUGCUCCUGGUGCCCCUCACCCUCAUCAUAGGCAUUUAUAUGUUCAUUGUUCGGGCAGUAAUGAAAAUUCACUCUACAGAGAGUCGCUGGAAGGCCUUCAAUACGUGUGCUUCACAUUUGUUGGUGGUCUCCCUCUUCUACUUUCCAUGCAGCACUAUGUAUGUGCAGCCUCCCUCCAGUUAUUCUCAUGACAGAGGGAAGAUCAUGGCUCUCUUCUAUGGAAUUGUCACACCUACCCUCAACCCAUUUAUCUAUACAUUGAGGAACAAGGAUGUGAAGGCUUCCCUUCAAAGGGCACUGACCAAGGAGUUUUGGGUCAAAACAAGAUGA